AGAAACAAAAGAAGGACGAAAUGAAAAGAAAAGCACAUAUUACUUCCUUCGUUGCAUCGACUUCGUUAUUACUUGGACCGUAAUCAGUUUUAAAUUAGCCGCCACUGCACUUCUUCCUCGUCCCGAAUCACCAAGACUUCCAUGUUUGAGCUUCAACUUCAAGUCUGAGUCACAUUACUGCACCUGUUGGAAGAUGGGCUUCAUCAGUGGCAUGAUCAUGGGCAUCACCCUUGGCAUCUCUUUGAUCUUCGCUUUUGCUCGUUUCCAAAGUUACCGAUCAAAACGUCGUUCCGAUUUGGCGGUGGCCGUAGCAGCUUUUGCCAGGAUGAAGACGAUGGAAGAUUCUAGAAGAAUUAUCCCCCCGGAGUCGUGUCCCCCCUGGGUAGUCUUCACUCGCAGACAGAAGUUAAACUGGCUCAAUACCCAUCUCCAGAAAAUCUGGCCUUAUGUUAAUCAGGCAACAUCGGAGUUGAUAAAAAGCAAUGUGGAACCGAUUCUUGAGCAAUACACACCCAAAAUCUUGUCCUCAAUCACCUUCUCCAAGUUCACUCUUGGCACUGUGGCACCUCAGUUCACAGGGGUGGCCAUUGUUGAAGAAGAAAGCGGGGCUGAUGGAGUGACUAUGGAAUUGGAGAUGCAGUGGGAUGGCAACCCCACUAUUGCAUUUGAUGUUAAAACCCGAGUUGGCGUUGUAAUACCUGUUAAGGUAAAAGAUAUUGGAUUCACUGGCGUUUUCAGGCUGAUCUUCAAACCAUUAGUGGACGUGUUCCCUUCUUUUGGAGCUGUUUGUUAUUCCUUGAGAGAAAAGAAACACCUGGACUUCACUCUCAAGGUUUCUGGUGGUGAUAUUUCAACUCUCCCGGGCGUAUCUGAUGCUAUAGAGGAAACAAUUCGAGAUGCUAUUGAGGAUUCUAUAACGUGGCCAGUACGCAAAAUUAUACCAAUUAUACCAGGGGAUUACAGCUUCCUUGAGCUAAAACCAGUUGGAAUACUAGAAGUAAAACUAGUGCAAGCAAAGGACUUGGCAAAUAAAGAUCUGAUUGGCAAAUCCGAUCCUUUUGCUGCUUUAUUCGUCCGUCCACUUCGUGACAGAGUCCAAACCAGCAAAACAAUCAACAACGAGUUGAAUCCAGUAUGGAACGAGAACUUCGAGUUCACCGUGGAAGAUGCAUCAACCCAGCACUUGACUGUAAGAAUAUUUGAUGAUGAAGGCAUUCAGGCUGACCAGCUCAUUGGGUGUGCCCAAGUGUCAUUAAAGGACCUUCAACCUGGAAAAGUUCAGACUUUCUGGUUGAAACUGGUCAAAAAUUUGGAGGUCCAAAGAGAUACAAAAUACAGGGGCGAGGUUCACUUGGAGUUAUUGUACUGUCCAUUUGGUGUUAAAAGCAUCUUUACAGACCUGUAUGGUGAUAGCUUCGGGCUGACCACUUUCGAGAAGGCUAUUAAAAGUGCAUCUGAUCAGACACAGGUUGGUGAUGUUAACAAAUCACAGAAAAAAUAUGUGAUAGUAAGAGGAGUACUAUCUGUGACAGUGAUAUCAGCUGAAGACCUACCAGAUAUGGACUUACUGGGCAAAACUAACGCUUACGUUGAGCUCAUGUUGAAGAAAGCAGACCAAAAACGCAGGACCAGGGUUGCAACUUCAGGACUAAACCCGGCUUGGAAUCAAACAUUUGACUUCGUUGUGGAGGAUGCAUUACAUGAAAUGUUAAUUCUUGAAGUCUGGGAUCAAGAUCUCAUCGGCAAGGACAAAAUUGGCAGAGUGACGAUGACACUGACUAGGGUCCUCCUAGAAAAGGAAGUUCAGGAUAGUUUCGCGUUAGAUGGAGCUAAAUGUGGGAAACUUAACGUGCAUCUUCGCUGGACUCCACAGCACAGGUAUCGAGAUCCUUGAUUGCUCUCCAAGCUCUAGCACGCCUAUCUGAGCCGCCGACGGAACAAAUAAACAUAAAGGGGUUAUACUGAUGAUCUUAUUUAAUUAUGAGGUACAAUAAUGUGGGUGUGUGUAAUUGAGUUGUAAGUAUACUUUUGUUGAUUUUUUUUUUUAAAUCAAACCCACCAUGUCAAAAUCAUAUAUAACCCUAACUAAUUUGGAUGGAGUUGGGAUACAAAGAUGGCCAAGCUUUUCUCGAUGAGAAAAUUUUUCAUUUAUAUAAUAAAAUAAGUAAGGGAAAAGCAAGGGAGAAAACUCCAGAAAAGAUGAGAAGCAAUACGAUUUUGUCUUUAGUUAUAAGGGGAGCAGAGUAUUUGGCGCACACAAGUACACCAGUCUUUUUACUGGUAGUUGAGUUGGCGUUCGCGGUUUCUCUGAGGGUCGCCUUCUUCCUCCACCUACCUGUUCUCUCACUCUCUCCGAACUCAACUACCUUUUCAUUCUCAUUCUCAGCUCUUAUGGAUCAGCCUCAGAACCCAAGUACAGACACACAACAACGUCUCCUAACUCUGUUAGAAGUUCUCAAAGAAGCUUCCAAAGAUCUUCAAGCCAAUUCCAUCCCCUUCCUCUUUAAGAAUGACUCCAAGGGCGCCAUUGAAGUGAUUUUGGAGCUCGAAAGCAAGGCACUUCCCGUUUUCUCCGCCAACCCUGAUCUUCACAGGCUGUCUGAGUUGCUCCGUUCCCUCAGAGCCUUGAUCGAGAAGCUACAGAAAUAUGAAGGUUUCGGGCUCCGAUCCCUCAUCAACCGCCAAAUCACUAAUUACAAAAUCUCUCGUGUUGCAUGCGAUAUUGAGUCCGAAAUUCAAGCGUACGUUGAUCGAUUAACCGUUAGAGGACUCGUCAAAACCCUGGUAGAAUCGGCGAACGAGGACGUCAAGGUGAAGGCUUUGAUUGGGUUUGAGAAAAGACUGUCGCGGGGUUUUGAUAUAGAUUUUCAAGAUUUGAUUUUAAAGGCAAAGGUAUUCAAUCUCCUUGAGCAUACACUCAGUGAUCCAUUGAGUUCAAAAAGGGUUCGGGAACGGGCGGCUAUGGCUAUAGACGCUUUGGUUAGGUUCAACAAGAAUGUAUUUGUCGGAUUGGUGCUAAUGGGUCCAACGAUUAAGGCCCUAAUAGCAAUGGCUUCAAGCUGUUCGAUACAAGUCCUGUCAUCUCUGAUAAGGUUCAUUAGGAGCCCGUUGGUGGAUGAACUUCUGGCAAUUGGAGAAAUCCCAAGAAUUAUCAACCUUUUAUGCUCGGACGAUUCAUCGGUUCAAAUUGCAGCCUUGGAUUGUGUUCUUGAACUUGCUUAUAUCGGUAGAGAUGAAGUAAUCGAAGCGAUGCUCAAAGAAGACCUGAUUAAAAAGCUCAUGGACUUGCAAAGAAAGGGUCGGCGUGACGAGGAAGAGAGAAAGGCUUGUAUAGGAACAGAGUCAGAAUCCAAAUUGAAGGAUUCUCCAUUUGCAAGUUGUGUUGCAAACUUCGCUAUCCAAUUAGAAGUGGGGGAAGGAUUGAUCAAGGAGGAGAAAAAGGAGUUCAAGUCACAAAUCCUGAAGGAGGUGAAGGAGGCUGCCCAAUCAGAUGCAGAGGUUGCCACCAUAACCGCUGAGGUGCUAUGGGGUUCUUCUCUCUGAAACCAGUUUCCAACAUCUAUAGGUCAGUUUCUUCAUCAACUGGGCUCAACUCAGUGCUCAUUGAUCCAGCUACUGGGGCACCCCAGAUAGUGUUGGAUUGAUGAAAUGUCCUUAUAUUUUGUACAUAGUUCGGCUGGGUGAAUGAUAGCCGAGUGCAUGCUGCUGAUCGCUGAGAAUAAAAGAUAAAAUAGGAUUGAGCCUAACUAACCAUUGUGUAAAGCUGCCGUUACAGAACAAAUUUAAUUUAUAUUGCUGACUUGGGCAGAUUUGGUUCA